AUGAGUGUUUCGCAUACCCAGUAUCGUCUGAUAUAAAUACGCUUCGUUCGGCCAUUUGCCUCCGCACGCACGCUCUCCACCUCCGAAAACCCUUUGAAGCAGCAGCAACGAGCGAGGGAUUGAGGAGAGCAAGAAGCUGCAAAAAUGUCGGAAGGACUUGUUCUCCGUGGUACCAUGAGGGCCCAUACCGACAUGGUGACGGCCAUCGCUACACCGAUUGACAAUUCUGAUAUGAUUGUCACUUCAUCCCGUGACAAGUCAAUCAUCGUCUGGCACCUCACCAAGGAGGAGAAGACCUACGGUGUGCCCCGCCGCAGGCUUACGGGCCACUCCCAUUUCGUCCAGGAUGUCGUGCUCUCCUCCGACGGCCAGUUCGCUCUAUCCGGUUCAUGGGACGGCGAGCUCCGGCUGUGGGACCUUCAGGCCGGCGUCUCUGCACGUCGCUUUGUGGGCCACACCAAGGAUGUACUCUCCGUCGCCUUCUCGAUCGACAACCGUCAGAUCGUAUCCGCCUCCCGCGACCGCACGAUCAAGCUCUGGAACACAUUGGGUGAGUGCAAGUACACCAUUCAGGAUCAGGAUGCCCACACCGAUUGGGUCUCCUGCGUCCGGUUCAGUCCCAACACGCUUCAGCCCACCAUUGUCUCAGCUUCGUGGGAUCGGACCGUGAAGGUCUGGAACUUGAGCAACUGUAAACUCAGGAACACGCUGGCGGGUCACGGCGGGUAUGUCAACACGGUUGCCGUCUCGCCGGACGGGUCUCUGUGCGCGAGCGGAGGCAAGGACGGCGUGAUCCUGCUCUGGGACCUGGCAGAGGGGAAGAGGCUCUACUCGCUUGACGCUGGGUCUAUCAUCCACGCGCUGUGCUUCAGCCCCAAUAGGUACUGGCUUUGCGCGGCGACCGAACAGAGCAUCAAGAUCUGGGACUUGGAGAGCAAGAGCAUUGUUGAGGAUCUCAAGGUGGACCUCAAGACUGAGGCAGAGAAGGCGGAUGACAACACUUCUAAUAGCAAUAAGAAGAAGGUUAUCUACUGCACAAGCUUGAACUGGAGUGUUGAUGGCAGCACACUAUUCAGUGGAUAUACAGAUGGUAUUGUGAGAGUGUGGGGAAUUGGUCGUUACUAGUAAACCUCAAGAAAUUAUUCAACUUCGGCUUCAAGAACAAACCUGUUGCUCUUUUUAAUGUUAGAAGUUUUAAAAUCUUUUAUGAUUUUGUUGGCAACGGUGAAGAUUUGAUCAUGUUUGACAUUGGGGUUGAGGCUAAUGAUGUUUUUGUUUUGGUUUUUAUGUUAGAUGUCGUAUUCGUAUUUAAAAUUGUGGAAAUGAAGAUUGUCUUAGCUGCA